AUGUCAAUAGCGGUCAAGCUGCAAUUUGAAAAGUCCACCACGGACGCGCUCGAAGCGUGGCAGCAGAGCAUUCGCGACAAUGCUGUGAACAUCAUUCAAAAGACCCUUCCUGAAAAGAUCCUCGCGCUCAACGCCAAGAUCGCCGAGAUCGACAGCGACAAGACCCAUCUCUUCUCGAGGUCACACUACCUCGAUCCUACCGCAAUUGGUACCGAUACGACCGUCCACCCUGCGUCGUCAUCAGCGACGGAGGAAGGGACGAGCAGUAAGAAGCGCAAGUCGGCCGAUGGGAAUGCGGUCAACGGGGAGACAGCGUCACACGAGGAAUCGGCGCACGUCUUUACCGGCGUCGUCUCCACACCAGCAUACCUGACAAAAGCCUUUGCCGAGCUUCGCGUCGAAUGGGACGAGCUCAUCGAGCUCACCGACGCGCUCAAGAUGUACAUCAAUAUGCAGAUGCCUCAGAUCGAAGACGGUGACACCUUUGGCGUUUCGAUCCAGGAAGAGGCGCUCAACGAGAUAGUACGAACGCAGGAUUCGGCCUACAAUCUCCUCGCUACUCCCUUCACCUAUCACUCGGCGCGCGGAGAUCUAGCAGCGAAGCUCGUGAGGUUUCCAGGAGUCAAGGACUACGAAGAGGCGCUCCGGGAGCAUGAUCGCAAGACUUUGUACAGGAUGAGGAUGCACUGGACCGACUUGAGGAACAUGUACGCCGUCGUGUGGGACAUUCUGCAGAAAAACAUCAGCAAGAUCAGCAAGCCCAAGAGCGGCAACCAGAUGGGCUCGUACGGUUAG